CUCAUUUUAUGUUUUUUUGAAAUAAAUUAUUCUUGUAUUACUGAUAUGACGGCUGCUGGUCUUUGUUUGUCAGGAUUCAAAUCAAUGCUCUUGAGCAUUUACAGUUUACGAGUGGACAAGAAAAAGAAACGACACGAAGGAAACCACGCAGCACUCCCACCAACAGUGUCUAGGACUUAGUCUCUCCCCAGAGACCUUUCCAUGGCGGCCGAAGAUAAGACUCAUGUUCUUGUGCUUCCAUACCCUGCACAGGGCCAUCUCCCUCCGCUUCUGCAUCUGUCAAAGGUACUGGCUGCAAAUGGGAUACGAGUUACCAUUUUCAACAUCGAAAGCAUCCACAAACAGCUGCUGAAAAGCUGGGAUCCAUCAUCAGCUGGGAAACGCAUCCACUUUGAGGCUCUCCCAUUUCCAGUAGAUAUUCCCUUCGGGUAUGAUGCUUCCGUGCAAGAAAAAAGAGUAGAAUUUCAUCAACUUCUGAUGUCAAAGUUGAGAGACGAAUUUGAGGCACUGGUACCAAGACUAGAGCCAGCACCUUCUUGCAUACUUGCUGAUGAAUCUCUUUUCUGGAGUAAACCAAUUGCUAAGAAGUUUGGGCUUCCUUCAGUGAGCUAUUUCCCUGGCAACGCUGCUUGGAGUUCUAUCAGCCAUCAUCUGUGUCUGCUCGCCUCCAAAGGAGUUUUCCCUCUUAGAGAUCCAGAGUGCGUGAUCGACUAUGUGCCUGGCCUUCCCCCUACAAAGUUGGAGGACUUUCCUGAAUAUCUGCACGAUAUGGAGAAGGAAACAUUAGAAGCCUGGGCGAAGCACCCCGGUAAGAUGAAAGAUGCAACAUGGGUGCUGGUCAAUUCGUUUUACGAGCUAGAGCCCCACGCUUUCGAUGUUAUGAAGCAGACAAUAGGACCUCGGUACGUACCUAUAGGUCCAUUGUUUCCGUUAACUUCAACAGGGUCGGGGGAAAUCAAAACAAGCCUUCGACAUGAAGAACAUGGAUGCUUAGAGUGGCUACAGACACAAGCGGCAGGAUCAAUCCUAUACAUCUCCUUUGGAAGUUGCUCCUCAUUGUCUGAGGCUCAGUUUGAAGAAUUUAUGGAGGGCCUGGCUGCAAGCAAGCAACAAUUCUUAUGGGUGCUGAGGCCGGACACAGUCCUGAAUGGUAGAUGCGACUUGUACCAGAAAUGCAGAGAACUCACAAAAGAUCAGGGCUGCUUUGUUGCAUGGGCGCCUCAGCUCAAGGUCCUGGCUCAUCCCUCAAUCGGAGGCUUUCUGACGCAUUGCGGAUGGAAUUCUACUUUCGAGAGCAUUUGCAACGGUGUACCAAUGCUCGGUUGGCCCCGACACAGCGAUCAAAGCCUCAACUGCAAACUCAUGUCCGAGGACUGGAAGAUCGGAAUGAGACUCGGCGCCUUCAAUAAAUUUCUCAAGAGGGCAGAGAUUGCAGAGAAGCUGAGCGACUUCAUGGACAAGGAGAAGAUCCUAGAAUUCAGGAUGAAUGUAAAGAAGCUGGAGAAUGCAGCCAGAGAGGCCGCAGCCCCCGGAGGAUCCUCGUACGUCAACUUGGAGUCAUUCUUUCGAGAGAUGCGUGGCGCCAUCUAAAAUCCUAUUACGUUCUGAGAAGUCUGAAGGAAAACCAUAAGAGACAUGGUGGAACCUUGCAUCUGGCUGGGCUUCCUUUCAUUGGGGCGAAUCUAGAUACAAGGCCAUUAAUCUGCUUUGAUGAAGUCAUUGGACGAGGCUUUCCAGGUUACAGUGCUACAGUAUUGUCGGUCUCACAACGUCAACGUGAGAGAAGCUGUUGGAGUGGCCUCCUGAAAGCGAACAAGCAGCUAUUCAAUUCAGUAACUACAUGCAAAGAUGGAGGAUGACGUAAACGAUCUGGAUCAAGUGGUUGCUGGGAGCACAUGUGGCAAAACACAAACCACCGGAUUUGUCAACCUGUAGAGCCGACUGGCUGAAUGCAUUAGCAACUUGCCA